AGCUACUUAAACACAACUGAACGACUUCAUUCAUGCUUCAACUCAUUGUGAAGGAGUAAGUUGAGAGUUCUAACGAAGAACCUCUCUUCUUUUCCUCUGUCUAGUGUUGUGGAGGUUCAACAAAUCUGAACUUUGAAGAUUGGAGAGGUUUCUGGUGACAAAAUGAGGCAAGCAUUCUUGUUGUAUUUGAUUUGCGGAGUUCUAGCUUGCUUUAGGCUUUCGCCAGUGAAAGCAGAGGACCCUUACAGAUACUAUACAUGGACUGUAACUUAUGGAACUAUUUAUCCUCUUGGUGUCCCUCAACAGGGUAUUCUUAUCAAUGGCCAAUUUCCUGGUCCUAGACUUGAUGUUGUGACCAACAAUAACAUAAUCCUCAACCUCAUUAAUAAGCUGGACCAGCCUUUCUUAUUGACAUGGAAUGGUAUUAAGCAGAGGAAGAACUCCUGGCAAGAUGGAGUGCUUGGGACCAACUGCCCUAUCCCGGCGAACUCAAACUACACAUACAAGUUCCAAACUAAAGAUCAAAUUGGAACCUACACUUACUUCCCAUCAACUCUAAUGCACAGAGCUGCUGGUGGCUUUGGAGGGUUGAAUGUCUAUGCAAGGCCCGUAAUUUCAGUCCCAUACCCUGCCCCUGCUGGUGAUUUCACUUUGCUUAUUGGCGAUUGGCACAAGACCAACCACAAGAACUUACAACAAUUGCUAGACUCAGGGAAAACUCUUCCUUUCCCUGAUGCCAUUCUUAUAAAUGGCCAAGCUCAUUCUACCUUCAGUGGUGAUCAAGGUAAAACCUACAUGCUCAGGAUCUCCAAUGUGGGCCUGUCAACCUCCUUCAACUUCAGGAUUCAGGGACACACAAUGAAGCUGGUUGAGGUUGAAGGAUCUCACACCUUGCAAAGCAUGUAUGAUUCUCUUGAUGUACAUGUUGGCCAAUCUCUAUCCGUUCUAGUCACCUUAGAUCAGACUCCCAAGGAUUAUUACAUUGUUGCCUCUACUCGCUUCACGAAGCAAGUUCUCACAUCAACUUCGGUGUUGCACUACUCAAAUUCUCAGACUGCAGUUUCUGGUCCACUGCCUGUUGGCCCAACUUACCAAAUACACUGGUCUAUGAAGCAAGCCAGAACCUUCAGAUGGAAUUUGACAUCAAAUGCAGCAAGGCCUAAUCCUCAAGGUUCGUACCAUUAUGGGAAGAUUACACCAUCAAGGACAAUCAUGUUGGCCAAUUCAGCACCUCUGAUAGAUGGGAAGCCGCGUUAUGCUGUUAAUAGGGUCUCCUACAUUCACCCUGACACCCCUCUAAAGCUCGCCGACUAUUUCAAUAUCCCUGGUGUCUUCAGUACAAACUCCAUCCAAGCAAAUCCCACAGAGGGUUCUGCAUACUAUGGUACCUCUGUCAUGGCAGCUUCUCUCCAUGAAUUUAUUGAGGUUGUCUUCCAAAACAAUGAGAACACAAUUCAAUCUUGGCAUCUUGAUGGUUAUGAUUUCUGGGUUGUUGGGUUUGGACGUGGACAAUGGACGCAAGCCAGCAAGAAGAAAUACAAUCUAGAGGAUGCGCACACCAGACAUACUGUUCAGGUGUAUCCAAAUUCUUGGACUACUAUAUUAGUUUCAUUGGACAACCAAGGCAUGUGGAACGUGAGGUCUGCAAUGUGGGCAAGGCAAUACUUGGGUCAGCAAUUCUAUCUCAGGGUUUGGAACCCAACCAAAAGCUUUUACAAUGAGUAUGACAUCCCUUCUAAUGCCCUCCUUUGCGGAAAAGCUGUUGGAAGGCAUGCUUAGUUUGUUUCAGUAUAAUGUAUUUGUCUCUUUCAGUCACACGGGUAUGACAAGAAAAAAGAGAGAAAUGGGAAAUUGAAAGAAUGAAGAAAGAAAUGUAUUUGAGUAAAUUUAUUGAUAACCUGAAUAGUCACAGUAAAAGCUG